UUCUACUUACUGUCACAAUUUGGUGCAGGUCAAUAUGAUUUACACAUGAAUGACACCAGCGUUAAACGUGAAUUCGAAGACGUAUUGAAACAUUUGCUUUCCUUGGGUGUUAGAGGUUUCCGUUUGAAGAAUACAAAAUUCUUUUUGCUUUCUGACAACACCCCGGACGAGGUACCAGCUUCGGAAGGUAAUUUCGUGCACAAUGAGUAUGGAUUUUGGACGCAUACACAUAGUACGUUCCAGGAAGGGCUUGGUGAUUUGUUGUAUGAGUUCAAGAUGUUCGUCAAGAACAUUUCCGCAGACGCAUUCUUAUCUGUGGCAGAUGAUAUUCUACGACCAGAUGUGUAUCGCGCUAGGAACGGUGAAUGGGGCAUAGAUAUGCCCAUAUACGGACCACUGGUACAUUUACUAAGCACAUCUUCCAGUGGACGAAAACUGCAAAAUGAGUUCGAGAAUACUAGAAAUGCUGUGGGUAAUGACACAUGGCUGCAGUGGAACUUUGCAGAGCCCUUGGUGAUGGCCAAUAACGUAAGCGAUCCCACAGCAAUCGCACUGUUCGUAUCGUUAUUGCCAAGAGUACCUGUAAUGGGUAUGGCAAAUUCAUCACUUUUUAAUGGAAUGCCGGAUAGGGUUUUUGCUGAAAUUAAGCAGCUACGAUUGUCUCCUUCAUAUAUGCAUGGCGAUUAUCAUGUAUAUGAAUCUGAUGGAAUGUUUGCAUAUACCAGAAUAAAAUCUGGUUACCCCGGUUACUUUGUAGCCUUCAAUCCAUCAAACACUACUGUAAAAGGCGACUUUGAUCAUCCUUCCUUACCAGACAAGAUGUCUGUGUAUGCGCUAAGUAAAAGCUACAACAUAUCUGGCAUUGCAAUCAAAUCGAAAGUGGAAACCCAUUCUUUGGAGUUGUCGCCUGGAUCUACAAUUAUACUCACAUAUGUGCCUGUGAAAUCAGGUUAAGAGAAAUACCUUAGGUAUACUUUGGACAUAUUAUUAGUGCUAAAAGUUAAUCUGCUCUAUGCGUAAAGUCAAUACUAGACUUUUACAAAAAUAAAAUAUUUCAAAUGUUGAACGAAAAUAUAAAUAUCUAUUAAAAGCAUUGCAAAAUAUAAUACUAUGCUGCCGUUUUAUUGCGUAGGAAGUCGACAUUUAAAAAUUAAAAAAAAAAAUGUUAAUUAAAAAAAAAUUACAUUAAAUAAAAAGAAUUUAAAUUAAAAACAAAAAUUAAAUUAAAUUCAAAAAAAUAAAAAAUUUAAAUUAAAUAAAAGAAAAAA